CCGAUCCUUGAGGGUUGCUCUAAAUUCUCAAAUUUGCAUGUCUUGUGUGUGCAAGGAGAGGAUGUGCAAAUAUGCACAGCACUAUCUACGCCAGGGUUAAAGUUUCUAAUAUGACAGCAGGGCAAAGUCCAAAAGUAUUGAUCACAAGGUGUCUACCAGGUGUCUGCUAACAUCUCCUCAUUCGCAACAAUGGUUUCGACCAGAUCCACUUGCUUUCUCUCUUUCAUCUUAUUUUUUGCCCAUAUUGCAGCCGUGUCGGUAAGUAGCGUUCUGUCCACUGGGUUUUAAGAAAAAAUAAUUCUACAUAGUAUAAUUUAUUCAUUUUUCUGUUUAUUUAUUUCCUUUCAGAUUAAGCACUUUUCUGAAGAAAAAUUGAAAGAUGCCUACUUCUAUGAACAGAAGGAUAUUUCAGAAAUCAAUUUAGCUGCGGGUUUGGACCUCUUUCAGGGGGACAUCCUGUUGAAGAACUCCAGAAAUGGCCUGCGGGACCCCAGCACCAGAUGGAAGUUCCCCAUUCCUUACAUUCUGGCUGACAAUCUGGAACUGAAUGCUAAAGGAGCCAUUCUCUAUGCCUUUGAAAUGUUCCGCCUUAAGUCUUGUGUGGAUUUCAAGCCCUAUGAAGGAGAGAGCACAUAUAUCAUCUUUCAGCAGUUUGAUGGGUGCUGGUCUGAAGUUGGUGACCAACAUGUCGGACAGAACCUUUCCAUUGGCCUGGGCUGUGACUAUAAGGCCAUCGUAGAACAUGAGCUCCUGCACGCCCUGGGGUUUUACCAUGAACAGUCAAGGACUGACCGAGAUGAUUAUGUGAACAUUUGGUGGAAUGAAGUUCGUCCAGGUUUCGAACACAAUUUUAACGUUUAUGAUGACAAGUUCAUCACUGACCUCAACACACCCUAUGACUACGAGUCUGUAAUGCACUAUGCUCCUUUCUCAUUUAACAAGAAUGAAAGUGCUCCUACUAUCACGACCAAAAUCCCUGAGUUUAAUGCCAUCAUUGGGCAGCGUCUGGACUUCAGUGCUAUUGAUUUGGAGAGGCUGAAUCGAAUGUACAAUUGCACAUCAACUCAUACCUUUUUGGACCACUGUGCCUUUGAGAAGACAAAUAUCUGUGGAAUGAUUCAGGGUACGAGAGAUGAUGCUGACUGGGUCCACCAGGACAGCUCUCAGCCAGGACAAGAAGAUCACACCUUGACAGGACAUUGCUCAGGUGCCGGCUACGCCAUGUACUUCAACACCAGCUCAGGGAAAGUGGAAGAAGCAGCCCUGCUGGAGUCUCGGAUUCUUUACCCAAAGAGGAAGCAGCAGUGCCUGCAGUUUUUCUAUAAAAUGACAGGAAAUUCUUCAGAUAGACUCGUCGUCUGGGUCAGGAGGGAUGACGGCACGGGCAAUAUUCGUAAGCUGUUCAAGGUCAAGACCUUUCGAGGAGAUGAGGACAAAGACUGGAAAAUUGCACAUGUGACACUCAGAGAGGAAAAGAAGUUUCGCUACCUUUUCCAGGGCACAAAAGGUGAUCCACAGAACUCAGCUGGAGGAAUUUACCUAGAUGACAUCACCCUAACGGAAACCCCGUGUCCCACAGGGGUUUGGACAAUACGAAAUUUCUCCCAGGUCCUUCAGAACACGAUUAAAGGGAACGCACUCCAGAGCCCUCGAUUCUACAAUUCUGAGGGAUAUGCUUUUGGCUUGACAUUGUACCCGCAUGGCAGAGCCAACACCCCUGGCUCUGGAUAUACAGGGCUUGCUUUUCACCUGUGCAGUGGGGAGAAUGAUGCUAUCCUGGAGUGGCCAAUGGAACACAGGCAGGCGGUAAUGACAUUACUGGACCAGGAGCCCAAUGUCAUGAACAGAAUGUCCCCAAGCAUGGUGUUCACUACUUCGAAGCUCCAGACAGCUGCAGAUGGCUCCUAUAUCUGGGACAGGCCAUCCACUGUGGGAACGUUUGAUAAGGACUGUAAUUGUUAUAGAAGCAUCGAUUGGGGCUGGAGUAAUUUCAUCACCCACGAAAUGCUGAAAAGGAGGAGUUACCUUAAAAAUGAUGACCUCAUCCUUUUUGUGGACUUGGAAGAUAUCACCCACCUUAACAAGACUGAAGUUCCCGUUAAAAACACAAGGUUGACCCCUCAAGGACUCAUUCUCCAAGACCAAGAACAACAGACUUCAGGAAAUCCAGAAAACGCUGUGUUAGAGAAAGCCCUGUCAGGAAGCCUGGACCAAGGGCAGACCAGACGACAGAAGCGGUCAGUGGAGAACACAGGCCCCAUGGAAGACCACAAUUGGCCACAGUAUUUCAGAGACCCCUGUGAUCCCAACCCGUGUCAAAAUGAAGGCCUCUGUGUGAAUGUGAAGGGGAUGGCGAGUUGCAGGUGUGUCUCAGGCCACGCCUUCUUCUACACUGGGGAGCGCUGCCAGGCCAUGCAGGUGCACGGCACCAUUGUGGGCCUGGUGAUUGGAAGCACUGCUGGUGUGAUCUUCUUGACCUUCGCCAUCAUCUCCAUCAUCUCCAAAUCAAGGCAGUGAUGCACCUGCUGAUGACACAGGUGCCGCCUCCCCUCACCCAGUGCCCAUGCCCGGAGCUGUUGGGUGGUUUUAUUUACCUUGCUUUAAGUAAAUCACCAAGUUCCAAGGAUUCCAGUCUCCUGUUUCUCAUGGUUUCUCUGCCCCUCACCCCCACCUGGUUCUGUUCUCCUGCUACCUGUACCUGCUCCGAAUGUACCUAGUGUGUCUUUGACAGUCUCUCACAUUUCAUUGUCAAUUUCCUAUUUCAGCGACUGUCUUUCCCGUAGACUGGAAGCCCCACGGGGCAGGCCAUCAUUUCCCAUGGGGUC